AUGGCUGUUGACGAGGAGGGCGGCGUGUCUCUGAAGAGAGGCGACCGGCCCAUGGAUCUCGACAACGACAAGGACACUGCCAUGGGCGAGUUCGAAGACGAGUUCGAGGACGAAUUCGACGAUGAUGAGAUUAUCGAGGCCGGUGUUGACGGCCGCCCAGAUGCGGAGAGAGAAGCAGAGGAGAAAGAAGCUGCCAUGGACGUGGACAACAACCCAGGCACAUUUAUCGUAGGGCGGACGAAGCUCGAGCCCGGCCAGGUGCUGGCGCCGGAUCCGAGUGCGUACGACAUGCUGCACAGCCUGAACACGCCGUGGCCAUGUCUGUCGUUUGACAUUAUCCGCGACCAGCUGGGCGCCGAUCGCAAGGUGUACCCGGCCACGAUGUACACGGUAGCCGGGACGCAGGCGCAGCAGGCCAAGAGCAGCGAGAACCAGCUGAUGGUGCUCAAGUUCAGCGGACUGGGACGGAUGCAGAAGGACGACGGGGGCGAAUCGGACUCGGACUCGGACGACGACGCAGACGGCGAGGACAGCGAGCCGAUCCUAGAAUCGAAGAGCAUCCCGCUGAGCUCGACGACGAACCGGGUGCGAGCUUUCCAGGUAGCAUCAGAGGAUCCGUCACGGGCGCCGACGACGCUGACGGCGACGCUGACAGAGUCGUCCAACGUGUUCAUCCACGACAUCACGCCGCACCUGGCUGCCUUCGACACGCCCGGCACGCUGAUCACGGCCCAGCAGAACAAGCCGGUCUCGACGAUACGCGCACACAAGGCCGAGGGCUACGCCGUCGACUGGUCGCCGCUGCACCCGGCCGGCCGGCUGCUGACGGGCGACAACGACGGCGUCAUCUACAUGACCACGCGCACGUCCGGCGGUGGCUUCGUCACUGACACGCGCCCCUUCCUUGGCCACACUAGCAGCGUCGAGGAGCUGCAGUGGAGUCCGUCUGAGGCAUCCGUGUUUGCGUCCGCCUCGAGCGACGGCACCGUCCGUGUCUGGGACGUGCGCAGCAAGAGCCGCAAGGCCGCCCUCUCCGUCCAGGUCAGCACCACCGACGUCAACGUCAUGAGCUGGUCGCGCCAGACGACCCACCUGCUGGCCACGGGCGCCGACGACGGCGUCUGGGGCGUCUGGGACCUGCGCCAGUGGAAGCCCAGCGCCGGAGGCGCUGUAGCCGCCGUGGCUGACCGGCCCAGUCCCAUUGCCAGCUUUGGCUACCACAAGGAGCAGAUCACGAGCAUCGAGUGGCACCCCACCGACGAUAGCAUCGUUGCUGUGGCUGCUGGCGACAACACGGCCACGCUCUGGGACCUGGCUGUCGAGCUCGAUGACGAGGAGAGCCGAGAUACUGCCGGCGUGCAGGACGUGCCGCCCCAGCUGCUCUUUGUCCACUACCACUCCAACGUCAAGGAACUUCACUGGCACCCCCAGAUUCCCGGCACGUUGGUGGCCACCGGCGACGAGUUCAGCAUCUUCAAGACCAUCAGCGUCUAG